AUGAUGAACGUGAGCCGACCGGCGGUUCACCCGGUGGAUACGGUUCCGGUAGCUCCGCCCGGUAACGAUAGACCGCCACCGAGGAUGAAGGAUGUUCAGGGCAUGCCCGGAACCACCGGCGGUCUCAUCCUCCGCCUCUCUCAAUUCGUCUCUGCUCUCAUCUCCGUCUCCGUCAUGAUCACCACCUCCGACUACCGCUUCGCCACCGCUUUUUGUUGCUUGGUUCUUGCGGUUAGCUUGCAAAGCCUGUGGAGCUUGACUCUUUUUAUCAUCGAUGCUUAUGCUCUUCUUGUCAAAAGAAGCCUUCGGAAUCUCUUGAUUGUUCAGUGUUUCACAGUUGGAGAUGGAGUAACUGCAUCUGCGUCAGCUGGCAUAACCGUACUCAUCAACGAUCUUGAUAGAUGUGACGUUAACCAGUGCACAAGGUUUGAGACUGCCGUAGCAAUGGCCUUCAUCAGCUGGUUCGCGGUGUCUCCUUCCUUUAUUCUCAACUUCUGGUCAUUAGCAAGCUUCUAA